AUGCCCAAACUCGACUCACCAUCUCAUCCCUCGUCAUGGAAUCCACAUGCGCAGCCACAUCCACAUCCACAUCCACAUCCACAGGACCAUGACCAUGACCAUGACCAUGACGAAUCCGACACAGUCUCCCAACUCCAACUUCCGCCUUUCUACUCUCCCCGACCGAUUCCCGUCUCGCGCGCCAUCUCCGAACUCGAUCUCAACUCCCUUAGCUCAACACAGUCACACACCACGAUGGCCUCCCCGCUCAAAUCGACGACCGCCACUUCCCAAUUUCAAUCAGAAUUAGAAACAGAUACAUCCCUCCCGGGACUCGUAUCUCCCGCAUUUACCCCACCCUCGACACCCGGGGCAUCUACCCAGCGUAUACCGCAGCCCAUCGUGGUAGAUAGCACUGUGCCCAAUGGCGGAUGUGGACAGAAAAAGCCUAAGCUCCUCGAGGAGCUGCCCGAGGUAAACUGCGUGGUGAGAGCCCGGAUACCCACAACAAUUGGCGGAACGGAAAUGUUUCUACACCUCUACCAAAAUAGUGAGGAUAGCAAGGAGCAUUUAGCAAUUGUUUUUGGGAAUGGCAUUCGGAGUACGAGCUUAGACCGUCCGAGAGAGGGCGAAACGGACAUGGAUAGAUUGAUUCGGGGGGCCUAUACUGGUAGAUUAUACCCUGGACGAACAAGUUCACGAGCUCCAGAAAACGAGGAUGGGGAAAGCCCAAGUGGCAAAGUUAUCGCGCAAAAGGCAGAAGAGCCCGUGCUAGUGAGGAUACACUCGGAAUGCUACACCGGCGAAACAGUCUGGUCGGCGCGAUGCGACUGCGGGGAACAGCUCGAUGAAGCCGCCCGAUUGAUGUCUUUGCCUGGGUCAGGUGGCGGAGUCAUCAUCUACCUCCGGCAGGAGGGACGUGGUAUCGGCCUGGGCGAAAAGCUCAAGGCAUAUAAUCUGCAAGAUCUGGGCUCAGAUACAGUCGAAGCGAAUCUAUUACUCAGGCAUCCGGCUGAUGCGAGGAGUUAUGGCCUUGCAACUGCAAUGCUCAGGGAUUUGGGCCAGGUGGACAUCCAACUCCUUACAAAUAACCCCGAUAAAGUGCGAGCUGUAGAGGGGCCGAAUCGGGAAAUUGUUGUUAGGGAGAGGGUACCGAUGAUCCCGCUUGCUUGGAGAGGCAAGACUGGUGGGAUUCGCAGCCAGGAGGUGGGUGGAUAUUUAAAGACGAAGAUUGAGAAGAUGGGGCACAUGUUGCAAAUGGAAGAGGUCUCCGAGAGCCUGCAGAGUACGCAGAUAUGA